AUGGCUGAAUACAAAGGCGGGGCCUCCGAAGGCCAACGUCAAGCAAUGUUAGAGAAACAAAGAGCAAAGAUGUUGAAUGAUUUUGAGAAACAACGUGAAAAAAUUACAAAAGAUAACCAAGUUAAUAUAACGAGCAACAAAUUCGUGACCCAGUUCGAUGAUGUUGAAGAUUCCUUGAAAAAAGAAACUAUAGGCCUAGUUAAACUUGAAGAUUUCCAAAAAAUUCGGAAAGAAAUUCUAAUACAAAAAGAACGCGAAGCUGCUAGAACUGCUGAAAUAAGUGUUGAUAAUUUUGAAAAUCCUAAUUACUCGAAUAAUUCAACAAAAUCUGAGGAUAACAAUACAACGUCAGAUUAUAACAAUGAAGGUGACUCGAUCUCAGCAUUCCUAGAAAAAUGUAGGCAACAAUUUCAUGAGUUACGUGGUGUUAGUGUUGAUAAUUUACUAUAUGUUAAAGAGGACUUGAUUAUUCCACAUCAUUAUACAUUUUAUGAUUUUAUUGUUAAUAAAGCAAGAGGUAAAUCUGGUCCCUUGUUUAAUUUUGAUGUACAUGAUGAUGUUAGAUUAACUCAUGAUGCAACUGUUGAAAAAGAUGAGUCACAUGCAGGCAAGGUAGUUGAAAGAAACUGGUAUGAAAAAAAUAAGCAUAUUUUCCCGGCAAGUAGAUGGGAAAUUUACGAUCCUGAAAAAAAUUAUGGAAAAUAUACUAUCAAAUAA